AUGUCAAUGCAUGCCUCCGGAACCCAAGGCACUGUUGGAGCGCGGCCCAGCUUAGCUCCGGCGCAGCCUGAGACGCAUGGGAUUCCAAUCGACGUCUUCCAGCACUACUCCGAGGAGUGCGAAAAGGUGGGACACAGUAAGGCGCUGCAAUCAGCCGGAGAAGUCUUCAGAACAGCCUACAGUACAAAUACAUAUGAGGGCAAACCGUGGGGAGCCGUCGCAGCCAGUCUCUCCGACUGUCUGUUCGACGUUUUCAAGCCUAUCAUCAUCCACGAGUACACGCAGGGUCUUUCUCACAGGGCAAUCGUAAAGAACCUAAAGGAGCAGGUCUUCUUUCCCUUUGCGCCGAGUGCGACAUUGGACAAGAUUAAGGAAUGGGCAAAGGACCCUGUCAAUGGCUUUGAGUAUCGGUCCAAAAAGAAUCCCGGCAAAACCCAACGGACAAAGCCGAAAUCGACCCAUGUCGUGCCUCCGACACCCGACACUGAGUAUGGGAGAAAUCCACAUGAUGCCUGGUCAUAUCAUGCUGGAUCAAGCGAGCUGGCCACACAGGAGAUUGGUGUGGCAGCCGAUCCAAAUGUCCUUCUCGGCCUCUCCGAUGGGGAACCUGAUACAUGGCUCAAUGUCAACAAUCCCUCCUUUUCCAUGCACGACUUCAUGCAUAGCAUUGACCCGGCAAGCGAUCCUUUCGACGCCCAGCCCUCGCAGAUACCCCAUCCUGCGAUGGACACAGGAGCUAUGGGAUCGUUCAACGAAACAUUCCAUUCUCAGUCGACAGCCAAUUUCGGGGUGGGUGACUUUCCACUGACAGACCACGGUGAUGGCAGAGCGGUUCACCCCCCAGCAACCCAGUUCUCGUCUCAGCGGCAACAGACUACAACUGCUUCUCCGCCCAUGCAACAGGGCGAGACAUUGGUGCAAUCCUUGCAAUUGGAAAAUGCCCGGCUCGCAGCAGAGGGUGAGAACAACAAGAGGAAGAUAGAAGCAUUCAAAGCAGAGGCUGAGAACAACCAAAGGAAGAUAGAAGCAUUCAAAGCAGAGGCUGAGAACAACCAAAGGAAGAUAGAAGCAUUCGAAGCAGAGGUUGAGACCAAGAACAGGAAGAUAGAAGCGUUGGAGUCUCGAAACAACGACCUCGGGCGCGAGAACGAAGACCUCAAGGUCGAGCGUCUCAUGGCUGCGGUUCCAAGCUCGGAAUCUCGACACGGCCACCCCGGGCGCCAAAGUGAAAGCUUCAAGGUCCCCCGUCUCAUGAGCGCGGACGAAAGCGCAGAAGUCGAAAACGCGACAGCGCCAACGACCCCUACGCCCAAGGUCCCCCGCAACAACAAGAGAAAAGCACCCGGCCUGCCCAGGAGCAGCACUACCCACUCGCAGCCCGACCGCAUCGCACCCCGUCAAAGUAGUUACCGUGGCGCAUCGUCCAGCCAGGCCUCGUUUGCCUCGUGGCAGAACUUUUCUUCUCCAGCUCAAUAUACAUCUGCCGUGGGAGACCAGAGCAGCAUGGCUACAUCGCCGUACAACAACCACGCAAUGUCCUCCCAGGCUGACACACCUUUCUCGCCAUUCUCAGACAUUGUCCGGCCCCGACGUGACAGCGCAUCUUCCACUGCAUCUCGCUCAGAUGGCGAAGUUGCACGAACACUGCGGCGCCGCCAGGACCAUGUCGAUACCUGUCUGGACAUUCAAGCAGUGGAGAAAUGGCGAGAUGGCUCGCUGUCCCGCCGGCUGAUCCGACAGAGCAGCGCAGACGACGAAAGAGAUCUUGCAAAGUCCUUUGGAGGGUUGGGCUUGUGA